UACACGAAGCUCUGUGUAUGAUCAUAACAUAAGUUAUGGCUGCUGUUACUAUUAGUGUUGGGCGCAGAAGUUUGUAUUUGUGGAAUAGUAUUUGGAGAUAUGGAAAAUCAUUGUGUUGGGCUGGAUUUGGAGGAAGGAGGACAGUAUCUACAUCGAAUCAUUUCAUGAAAGCGGAAGAAACAUCACAAUCACCAACUGAAACAACUCAAGAAUUAAAAAAUAAAAAGGUAAAGACAGGAAUCUUGAUGCUAAAUAUGGGAGGACCAAGUAGUCUUGAUGAAGUAGGAGGUUUUUUAGAACGUCUCUUUUUAGAUAAAGAUAUAAUUUCACUUCCUGUUCAAUGGAAGCUAGGUCCUGCAAUAGCUAGACGUAGAACUCCGAAGAUCCAAGAAAAAUAUCGGGAAAUAGGUGGGGGAUCACCAAUAAAAUUGUGGACUGAGAAACAAGGCAAACAAAUGGUAGAACUGUUGGAUAAAGUGUGUCCUGAAACAGCUCCUCACCAAUACUAUAUUGGCUUCAGAUAUGCCUCUCCAUUAACUGAAGAUGUGUUAGAACAAAUGGAAAGAGAUGGAGUGCAAAGAGCUGUUGCUUUUUCUCAGUAUCCACAAUACAGCUGUAGUACCAGUGGUAGUAGUUUCAAUGCCAUUUAUAGACAUUAUGCUAAACGAGGAGAACCAACUAGAAUGAAAUGGUCUUUUCUGGACAGGUGGCCUACUCAUCCUGGUUUAAUUCAGGCUUUUGCAGAGAUGAUAAAAGAUGAAAUAAAGAAGUUUCCUAGUGAUGUCAGCGAUGAUAUUGUGAUUCUUUUCUCGGCACAUUCUCUUCCUAUGAAGGUAGUCAACCGUGGUGAUCCUUAUCCGGCUGAGGUAGCUGCAACAGUUUCCAGAGUUAUGGAAUUAUUAAGGUGGAGUCACCCUUACAGACUUGUGUGGCAGUCGAAGGUUGGGCCAAUUCCAUGGCUGGGACCACAGACUGAUAAAGCUAUGAGAGGGUUUGUUAACAAUGGCCAUAAGAACUUUCUUAUGGUGCCAAUUACUUUUGUGAAUGAACAUAUAGAGACAUUACACGAAAUGGAUAUUGAGUAUGGUCAGGAACUGGCAGAAGAGCUAGGAGUAUUAAACUUCCGAAGGGUAGCAGCACCUAAUGACAAUCCAGUGUUUAUACAAGCUUUGGUUGAAAUUGUAAAAAAUCAUCUAGUGUCAGGAGAACUAUGCUCUCAACAGCUUAAAAUACUGUGUCCAAUGUGUGUGAAUCCCGUUUGUCUUCAGGUGCGGAAUUGGAUAUUAUCUACGAGUAACUGAUGCAGUGAUUUACGGCAAAUGUUAUUUUACUGUUAUAGGCACAUUUUAGAUGGUAAUCUCAUCAAAGGAAAAAGCGUACUAAGUUUAAUAUAAUAUGCAAAACAAGCUUUUGAAUUUUAGAAUAAAUUUAUGUUUGAAAAGUUUUUUUAUAUCUUGAGUUAUAUGUUUAAACUUGAUUCUAAUGAGUCAGUCUCAAACAACCACUUGCAUAUUUUAAUGUAAGAUAAAAAACAAAUAGUGACUGGAGAGUCGUAUUUCUACAGUUCUUCCAAACUACAAGUGAAUUGUAUGUAUAUUAUUAUAAUGUAUCCUUAUGUAACUAAAAAACUACUAAAACACUGUGUAGUAUGAAAUGGUUUUAAACCUUUUAGAUCUCAAAAACUUUUUACUGUUGUUCUUUUUUAUUUGUUUAAUGUUUUUGACAGCAAUGUGAUAUUUGUGCAUCAUUUGUAAACUGUAUGUUAUUUUUUACAAUGUAACCAAUAAAAGAAAAUUUAGUUUGA